AUCUACUCUUGGUUUGAAUUGAAUGCGAUCCGACCUGUUUCGUCCAUCUCUUGCCCGAAGAAGCAGGAAUUCAAGUCUAUGGAUUGUUAAUCGCGCGUUUUUCUCCAAAAAAGCACAUUAAAGCGAAUACGCACAUUUCAGGUAUAAAUACUUAAAGCUUCAAACGGGUUUACGGUGAUUUUGGGAAAUACCAACUUUCAAAUCCACACUUAAGGUGAUAAAUUUGAGUAUUUCUGUCGACUGUUGUACUCCUGCUGCUGCGUUGGUGUGUGUGAGGAGAGUUCUUUGAGGAAUCGACCGAAUUCAGUUCAUAACGACUUACCCGCAUCUACAGAGUGGCCCAACCAUGCUGGCAUCGCUGCUGGUCGUCUGGGGAGUGUUUGGGGCGGCAAUUUCGCAGCAGCUGAUCUCGCCGUGCCCCAAAAUCUUCCAAUACGAGACGCGACCUGAAGAACCGGAUCGCUGGUACGGAACCGCCGUCCUUACUGGAAGCCAGGAUUUAGUUGGAGUGUGGUUCCGCGUGGUGCUCGACAGCACCGCCCUACAACUCGGGAACUGGUUUGGGGAAGUGGAAAUCAAAGACCACAACAAGGGCUUCUUGGUCAAAAACCCAGACUACCGACUGAAGGCGGGCACGCCCCUGACAAUCAAGUUUUUCGUACGCUUCGACCCCAACCGGCCGCCCCCCAAGCUGGUCAGCUUGCGGCUGAACGCUGUGGUCAAGUGCCCAGAGGAUGGCGUGGUUACGGAGGCCCCGUGGGCCGCCGGCCAUCUUUUCACCAACCAACCCGACCUUUCGGACCCUUCUUCCCCUGACUUCGGAAACUCGCCCUCUAUAAACAUCCGCCCACCUGGAAGAAGACCAGGCUCCAGCGACGACGAGGACUUUUACCAUUCGGACUUUGGGGCGCUGUCGCUUCCAGACAGCGGGAGGCCCCAGGCGAAGCCCAGUCUUCUGGCUAAGGCCACUUGCGGCACUGUAGUGAAGUCUCCAAGGCCGCUAAUCACUCACGGACAGGCCAUCGGAGACGGCGACUUUCCUUGGCAUGCCGCCCUCUAUCAUGCCCAGGGCAUCGACUUGACUUACACUUGCGGGGCUUCACUGAUCAGCCUCCAACAUCUCCUCACUGUGGCCCAUUGCGUGACCAGGAAAAAGAGCACCAACAGCAUUAACGCGGGCAACUUGCUUGUUUAUUUAGGGAAGUUUUAUCUGCGCAUCUGGAAAACGCCCGGCAUCCAGGACAAGCGGGUGGAUUCGAUCACAGUCCACCCCAAGUACAACCCGCACACUUUCGGCAACGACGUGGCAGUGGUGAAGUUGGCCGAGCCGGCCGAGCUGACCAAUUACGUGCGGCCCAUUUGCCUGUGGGAGGGCAACUCCAAGCUGGAUUUGCUGGUCGACCAACUAGGCACGGUGGUUGGCUGGGGAUUCGACGAAUCGGGCAAAAUCACCGAGCAGCUCACCAAGGCCAACAUGCCCAUCGUGUCGCAGGAAACCUGCAUCUACUCAUUUCCAGACUUCUACUCCAGAUUCACUAGCAACACCACAUUUUGCGCGGGAUUCAAAAACGGUACAUCGGCGUGCAAUGGCGACUCAGGAGGCGGAAUGGUCUUCCCCAGACCGGGCUCAGACAAAACCAACCCCGUCUGGCAGAUCAGAGGCUUAGUUUCGAUCAGUGUGGCCCUCCAGAACGGCUUCAAGUGCGACUCCUCGCACUACACGGUCUUCACCGAUGUGGCCAAGUUUCUCGACUUCAUCAAAGGCGCCACGACGGACAUUCUAUAACGGCUCUAUGGGCAUUUUUCCGGUCAAAAUCACCUCUUCUGAUCUGCAGACAUCGAACCUUGCGAUCAAUACAAGUCAAAGGAUAUUAAUUAACAUUCAAGACUGUUUCGCAGCUCAGUAUGGGGCUGGUUCUAUGCUUCCCAGGCUGGAUUUUGACCUAAAAAUACGCCUUGGCGCUUUUGUACUAGAUUUUGAAUCCCGCCGGUGUUUCCACAUUGGUGAUUGGCUAAUUAAUUCCCCAAAACUGAUUUUUCCAUUUUGUUUAUAUGUCUAUUCGAUCAGUAAUACAAAUCUUUAAUUGUA